CCUCUCCUCUAUUGUUUAUGACAAUUACAAGCUUCACACCGACGCGUCACCGUCGGGUUUUAUUUUAAUUUUAUAAUUAUAAGUGACAAAGAAAAUUGUGAUAAGUGUGAUUUUUAUACACAUCUUGGUGAUAAUAUUAGUGUUAAGAUUUGUUAAGUUAUUGUUGCAACGUGGAAAACAAACGAGCUUACCCUGCCUGCAGUGCGUGCCACGAGCCCCAGAGUCCCAGCCAUUAGAUUGAGUGGAGUGUCCCCUGUGCCCACACGUAGCCCUGUACGCAGCCAAAAUUCCGCGAGACACUACGGACACCUGCUCCAGCAUGGAACUGGAGAAAGCCCCUACUCUCCACGAGGAAGACUCCAAAGUUACCCUCACUAUCAGACUGAUUAUGCAGGGGAAGGAAGUUGGCAGUAUUAUUGGCAAAAAAGGAGAGAUUGUUAAAAGGUUCAGAGAAGAGUCUGGAGCAAAAAUCAACAUAUCCGAUGGAUCAUGCCCAGAACGGAUUGUCACUGUUACUGGCAACACAAGUGCUAUAUUCAAAGCGUUCACACUCAUAUGCAAAAAAUUCGAAGAGUGGUGCUCGCAGUUCAACGAGGGCGGCGGCGGCGGGUCCCGCGCGCCGAUCACGUUGCGGCUCAUCGUGCCCGCCUCGCAGUGCGGCUCACUCAUCGGCAAGGGCGGCUCCAAGAUCAAGGAGAUCCGCGAUGUCACCGGUGCUAAUAUACAGGUGGCGAGUGAAAUGCUACCAAACUCAACAGAGCGAGCCGUGACCAUCAGUGGGACGUGCGACGCUAUCACACAAUGCAUUUAUCACAUCUGCUGUGUUAUGCUAGAGAGCCCACCGAAAGGCGCGACAAUUCCCUACAGACCAAAACCAAAUGUCGCCGGCCCAGUUAUACUAGCCGGUGGACAGGCGUACACAAUCCAAGGCAACUACGCUGUACCUGCACAAGAUAUGGGAGGUCUGGCUAAGUCCCCACUGGCCGGCCUCGCCGCCCUAGGUCUCGGCGGCCUAGGGCCAGCAAAUGCCGCCGGACUUAAUCCAGCAGGUAAACAAAGCCUAACGUUAGCGGCACUAGCUGGGUCACAGCUGCGCACGUCGAACCAGUCGCGCAACCAACCCGCCACCAAUCAGCAAUCACAUGAGAUGACAGUACCCAAUGAAUUGAUAGGAUGUAUCAUCGGAAAGGGCGGCACCAAGAUCGCAGAGAUCCGACAAAUAUCCGGAGCUAUGAUCCGGAUAUCUAAUUGCGAAGAGCGAGAGGGUGGCAGCACUGACCGAACCAUCACUAUCUCUGGCAACCCUGACUCCGUAGCACUGGCCCAGUAUCUCAUCAACAUGAGUGUGGAGCUACAGAAGGCGAACCUGGAGGGUAGCUCGGGCGGGUCCGGCACGUCCACGUCGCCCAGUCCGCUGGCGUCCGCCAUCCCGCUGGCGCAGCUGCUCAGCAAGUCGGGCGCGCUCGGCGCGCUGAGCUCGCUGUCGGCGCUGGGCGGGCUGUCCGAGCUGCUGGCGCCCGCCGCGGGGCCCGUGCAGACCACGGGCGUGCACCGCUCGCACGCGCACAAGUACUCGCGCCGCCAGGACGACGACGCGCCCGCCAAGUCCUCCAAGGACCGCAACAAGUACAACCCCUACUAGCGGUGCACGGCGUACCGGGAUGCCGCCAACUGAUCGCCGUCGUUUCGUCUUAUUCGUGUUACUCUCAAAUCAUGUAACUACAAUUGUCAUCGUUAGAUUUUACGAUAUGUACGAGCCGAGUAAAGCUUAGUGUCGUCACUGUAGGGGCCCGCGCCGGCUGCGAGGCCGUAUCGUGACUCGGUGGAGCUCGCGUGUCGCUCGGUCACUUCUCUAUCGUGGUAACGCCACGCCCUCUAUGACAGUCACCCAUCAUCAUUAUCGUUAAAUAUUAUUUCUAAGAGUAAAUAAAAACAGUAUAUUAUUUUGAGAAAUCUGUUUUCAUCUUUUUUACUUUAUUCGUUGUAUUGAAAGAUUUAAACACUUUUGUUACUUAAAUAAUUAAUCAUAUUAUAACUCUUUCUUUAACAAAGUAUUUAAACCGCUUUCAAUAUAAAUAAUACAAAAUACUUGUUACAAUUAUUGAUUUUCUAUUUAAAAUUAAAUCAAAACAUUCGAUGUAUUUUAAAAGCAUGACUGCGUUAGAGAAAGCUUUUAUAUGACGAAGGAAUACCUCGACGAAGUAAAAAACAUUAUCUAAUAUAUUAAAAGUCGUUUUUGAUAACUAUAAAAUUAAGAUUUAAGUAUCCGGGAAGUAAGAUAUCAUCAUAACAAUGAAAUAAAAUCACGAUGGUAAUACUAAGUGCAUAAUGUAACGAUACACGAUGGAAUUAAGACGGAAAGUGAAAUAAUUACGAAUACGACAACUAGGGAUCUUGACAAUAGUAGAAGUACGUAGAAGCUAAUGGCUGUAGAAUAUACAGAGUGCUUUGCGUUCAGAUGUAAUGAAAUGUCUAUUUGGAAUCAAAAUACAGGGUGUCGCAAUCAGGAGAGUACAUCAAACGAUACUUCUAGCUUUAGACGAUUCUAGAAACGAAUGCUACUUAUACUCCCGCUUUUUAUUCGAUUCAGUAUUUUUAUUAAUCGAUUAUGGAAUCAAAUCGAUUCGAAUCGAUAUUCUAAUAAAUCGAAUAGUUAUGUCAAAGCCUUGUUUGUCACCGUGUGUCGUAAAUAAUUGGUUUUUUUUUUUGUCAUUCUUUUUUAAUAUUAUGAGGCAUGCAAUUAGCCUAUCCUUUGCCUCUUCUUUUUCAAUCUUAAUUCACAUUUCGAUUAACCAAAUCCAAUACCUGCUAAGUAAAGUAUAUUUACUUUUCAGAUUAAUAAUAAUGUCUGUUUACUGAAUCGAAUGAAAAGUUGGACUAUAGGUAUAAAAUUGUAUUUCGCCUCAUCUGUACACAUUCAUUGAACAUUAUCGCGAAGUAUUGUUUGAUGACAAUACCUCUGUAUACACAUUUUAAAUGGAAGAUCAAAUUAGAAUUUUUGACAAAACUUAUAAUAAUAAUAAAAAAAAUCACUCUUAGUUUGACUAUCUCAGUUUACAACUUUAUUUAUCCGUUGCUAAGUUACUGUUACUUAAUUUUCGACGCAUUUUAGAAAUCAAUGAGCACUUUAAAUUCAGUUUUGUAAAACUAUAAAUUUUGUAACAAACAUGCUGCGCAAUAUGAUUGGUUGACAAUGCUGGCGACUGAUUUGAUUGGGUGUUAAUGUAAUGAUCAGCCAAUCACGUUAGCUGUCAAGAAGCAAAGCAAUAAGGUGAUUGGUGUAUACAGGGAAUGGGUUUUAUGCAUGAUAUUGUUAAAAUUUAUAGUUUUAUGAUGCUGUCGGGUGGUCUGUGUACGACUUUAAUUUUGUUAAAAUAUCGAAAAAGUGAUUUAUUUGUAGUUGUAUGAGUCAUUUCUACUUGCGCCAAAUAUAUUCCAAUAGGAAUGGGAAUGUUGGAUAUUUUUAUUAUUUAUUAUACAUUUAUAGCUACUUAUGAUUCUCAAGAUUAUUAUAAGUAGUUUGGACUGUUUUAUAUUUAGGUGACCUUAUUAAGUAUAAGGCAGACAACGCCGUUACGUUAGAUAUAGCGAGGCUAUAGCAGAUUAGUUAGGUAAUGGCGUUGUAAUGUCACUACAUUAUUUUAUUAAUUAGUGCGAAUUUAAAAUUGAGGUCCAAUUCGUAUGUUUCUAAAUGUAGUUCCGUAGGGAAUGCAGAUUAUUUAGCUGUCAAUAUAACUUUUUAUUUGUAAUUAAAAUCAUGUUAAUUUUAAGGUAGUAAACGUUUUCUUAUUCGUUUCAGGUUUAUAUUACUCGCUAGAAUCGUUAAGCAAAAGUGUAUUGUUUUAAAGUACAUACUUAAUAAAAAUAAUAAUAGUACGCGUGUGUUUUUUAUUGAUAACAGUUUUGUCUGACAGAGUCGUCGGUCUAGUAUUAAGUGCAGGUAACUUGUAUAGUUAAGGUUCCGAACACAAAGCUUCCUUGAAGAACCCACGCCACAAUCCUGCCCACCCACGGCACCAACCAUUCCCGUGAAUACCCGACAUGCAGAACUUUGCUCCAUCGUGUACUAUCCUACUGCUGGAUCAUCCAAUGUCCUGGUAAGAGAUUUCCUUACAUUUAAUUUAAAUCCUAGCGUUUCCGUUUUAUUCUUACUUGUUUCUAUGAACGGGCUUUACGUCUCAACCUGUUACUGCUUCAUCCUAUGAACUCCAUUUCCAUCCAAGCUGUUCUUUGAUUGUUAUAUUUUGACUCAACACGACAGUUGCUCGUGUAUGUCCCAAUGAAUGGAUUUGACACUGUUGACGAUUGUUUGACCGAUGUGACGUAGUUUGUGCGUGGGCUAAUGAUUAAUGUGCGCGUGGUGUGUUCCAGGAUCACGAUGGAGACGGCCGGGCUGCCCCUGCCGGGCUACCACUACAUCGCCCCGAACCACAUCGUGAAGGCACCGAUCCAUUGAAUGGGGCUCCGCGGCCAGAAUCCCGGCGUUGCGUACAAGAUGUACCACACGGAACGCACCAUUCUGAUGCAGCCGCAAUACGGGACUCUGGCUCCGAUAUAUUUCUUCAAAUGAACGUGACCAAAACAAUCUCUCUAAUACGAGGUGACGCUAUUGGCAAGACAUUAGAUCCACGCUGAAUGUAUGUUUACAUUUGUUACGAGUUUAUAAGUAUUUUAGAUAUUCUUAUAUUUAUUCUCCACUGUAUUUGAUUGAUUGGAGCAGAACAUGUCAGUGAUUUAUAUAUCAGUGAGAUCUGGGGAAGGGGUUUGAAUAUGAAUUAUUAUAAAAGUAAACUUACGACUGACAUUUUAAAAUUUUUGCUAAUCCGUGAACAGUGAGCUUGUAAUAUAACUUCACAAAACACUUAUUUUAAAUAGUUGAAUAUUUAUAAUGAUUUGUCUCGUUCACUGGUCACGGCUUAUGAAUUUAUAACAAAGUAUGCAACUGGAGUUAGCUAAGCUGAUCGAAUUUACUAUGGAUUUAAGCGGUUGAGUAUAUCAAUUGUCUAUUGGAUUUAUUUUCCAUUAUGAUCAGUACCGACCACAAGUAAUAAUGUUCAAACUAAGGUAAAUCGAGUGUCGGCGUACAUUAGGUAGGUGUAGAUGCGUUACAAUCGACCUCGGACCCGCUGGCGUAGCGUAGUGUUAGAUUAGCGAACAGAGUGAGAGGGUUUAAAGACAAUAUUUGUAAAUAAAAUAAUCGUAAUUACCUGAGAAUUAGGGGUUACAGUUACAGUAGCGGCGCUCGGGCGCGGCGCGGCGAUACGAAACCGAUGGGAUCAAAUCCUUUAAGUAACUUACUUUAAAACGAAGACAGAGGAGAAGAUAACAUUUCAGUAUAUCAUUUAAAAUCGUCUAAUAUCACAAAAAAGACGUUAGGUAUAAAAAUAGUGUUGCUAAAUGUGAUAGUCUUCUAAUUUAUUUAACAUUUGAACUGUUAAGAUCUCUAACGUAUACACAAUGUGUAGGAUACAUCGGCUACUGGGAAAUUGAAGUCGAAUAAUUAAUAUUGGUCUAGGGAUCAAAGCCAAAGAUUGUUAAAGUUUGUUUAACAUUAAUAAUGUUGUGGAUUUAUGCUAAAUUAUUCUGAGAGUAGUUAAUGUCUAGUGAUGUAAUGUAGAACGGUUGAUUUGAAUUAUUUUAUCACCCUCUCCAGACUGCUCAUUGUAUUUAGUCUUAGAUCAAAUAUAGUCCUGUGGUAAUCAAAUAUUUCCAAAAAAAGUAAAAAAAAAAUACACUUAGUUUAACGUAGAGUAAGAUAACUAUAGGACCACUGUAUUGAGAAGCUUUUCAGUGACAUGUCAUUAUCUGUGGAAGUUGUGCCAACGUGCCGGUCACGGCGGAUCGAGUGCCAAACAUAAACCGCAACUUGUAACUAAGGCAUAUCGUGUGCACUACACAUGUAUUUCUUGACAUGCUAUAUAUAACAGUAAAAGUAUCAAGUUAUAGGAUUACGUAAGCGAUUACUGUAUUAUCCACUACUUAUUAAUUUUGCACCCUAGUUGUAAGAUUUCUCGGUUAGAUUAAAUAUUCUCGAAACAUAUCCCGAAAACAUAUUUCCCAAGUCUUCCCCCGCAGUAUUUCAGUAAUUAAUGAUUGUGCCAAAGUUGUGUCUAAAAUUUAUUUAUAUAAUUAUGUGUAUUUUAAUGUGACGUCGAUAGUAUUGAAAAUUAGUUCGUAUUUCGUUAAAAUCGUCGGUCGAUAUCGAUAUGCUAGUCAAAUUGUUCUGAAAGUAGAAAAAUUUAAGAAAUUGUAUAAUGCUAGUCAAAAUUUUGUUUUCUAUUGGUAUUUGCGUUAUGUGAAGAUAAUUGAAAGUUUAUUUUUGUUCGCACCUCUCUCAAAGUUUUUAACUAUUUUUGUGUGCUUCAAGUAAAUUAACGUAGCAAUAAAAUUUUUGAUAAAAUCAAUUAUUUAUAGUCUAUUAAAUUGCAAUUAAGACAAUGUAUAGAGCUUCGUAAAGUAAGUGUCACACAGGUUUAAAUAGAAUUAUUCUAUAGAUAUAAAUUUGUGAAAUGAUAAUUUUGAAAAAAAAAGUAAUUUACUAAAGAGAAGAGAUUUCAUAGCUGUGAUUAACGUUCGGGGUUGCACUUUUGUGCAAGAGCUACGUCAGGAUGUAUGUCGCGUUAUCGGAUAGUGGUGCAGGUAGUAGUUUGUAGAGCACGCUUCUAGUUGGAGACGGAACAUCGAGGCGCGCGCCCGCCUCGACACACAUUUUAUAUAAACUGAAAGGUUAUUGUAACGCAAAUACUUUCAAGUAAAAGGAAGUAUCAAUUCGUCGGUGUUGUCAAUCAAUGAUAAUUAAAUAAAAAUUUAGGUCAAUGCAAUUUUAAAUUAUUAGCGAAUAAAAUAAUAACUAGUGAUAAUUUUUAAUUAUAUCCUCGUAUUAUUACGUUCAGUUGUAAUUUAUAGUAAUCACAGCAAUCGAUAUAAUCUUUAUUAUACUCAUUAUAUAAUUAUAGCUACUAUUAUGAUUCGUAUUGUUAUUGUUAUUUUGAUUUGCUCAAUUUUGUCAAUGUUGAUGUAAGCUAGGCGAAAUGAAGUUUACUUUGUUUUCUGUUGUUCGAUAAGCAAUAUUAUAAUUUAGUGUGCUUUAUGUACUACGUAAGUAUAUAUUAUAUUUAAUGCAAGGAGCAUCAUUAUUACUUAUUUUAGUCGCACCAAAUAUGUCAUAGGCAAGAUACGUAACGUUAUAUUACUUAUUCUACUCACUUACUACUUAUUUACUUGUUCUUUUGUUUCUCUGACUUUCUGCAUAGUGCGUAUCGUGCCCUAUAACAUAUUGAAUAAGUUAUAUACGGUUAUAUGUCGAUGAUUUUAUUGGAUUGAGUGUUAUAUACAGGAAUGUUUUAUUAGGUAAUGUUGAGAGUAUCGCUGUGCCAUCAGAAGUAUAAGCAAGGCUAAACAAUUAUACACACACACAUAGCUGAAGCUAUGUCGAGGUCUCAUAACGACACAGUCGGUCCAUGGUCCCUCAUGUAUAUGAGAUUUAAUUAUUAUUUACUGUGUAAUCAAAUAUCAGUUAUAUCCUCGUUACUUGUAUGUUUCAAAUGUUCGUAAUAUAUUUAAGUCACUAAACUAAAAGUUAGUGCCUUUUGUUCUUAGAUUUUCUUCAAAUUAUUUUAAACUGUAAGUUGUACGAUUGUGGACUACUUUCGGAACGUGUUAUGAAUUAUAUAGCCUUUAUCGACAGGGUCAGACAGCGCUGUAUAGUGUAAUUACAUUCAAUCUUAGCAAAUAUUUAUAAAUGUAAUAGUGAAUUUCUUUACAAUUUUCGUGUUAGCACAUGUAUUUGAAGUUCUUAUUGCACCGUUUUCGAGAAUCCCUUGAAUUUAAUACGGUUUAAUAAUAAUUAAAAAUUUGACAUUAAUACAUUACUAUAUUUAAAUAUUUUACUAAAUGCUUACGAUGGAACCACUUCGUUGGCGAUUUUAUUGAUGACAUUAUUAUAUUUCUAUUAUUACAUUCAUUGUACUUACAUAAACUCAAUAUUUUGCUAUGUAUCCCUUAUCUAUGUAUGUACAGAUUGAUCACAAUCGGGUAAAAUGGUUGUGUAAUUGUAAUACAAUAUAUAUUGUUCGGUAAUAUGCUAUGAUCGCUAUGAUCUGUAUCAGUACUCGAGUUAGGCAAAAUAUACAUUGUUCACAUACAUACUACACUUUAGUAGUGAACAGGGUACCAUGAGGAUCAUCUGUUUACACAACUUAUAGUCAAAUUGUAUGUAUUCUAAAUAUCCUUAGAAAAUAUUUACCUAUAUUACCUAUUCAUUUUAAUCUUCACAAUUUUAACAUUUAAUGUCUGUAGACAUUAAUAAGUAUGGCGGAAUGAAUAAUUUCGAUUUCAUUCAAAUUAUUGUACGAGUAUACGAACAUACUGCUCAGUGUAUGUUUAUAUAAUUAUCAAAUUAGAUCUGCUAUCUUAUUUCUCCCAUUGUGUAUGUGCGUAGGAUAUUAAUUUGACAGUUUCGACACCUGUUUAGUAUUAAAGUUAAUAGUAAUUAUUGACUGAGUAUAGUUAAGAAUUGUAAUAUCAAAAACAGAUGAAAGAUAUCGAAUGUUUUUGUUUCACUGCUGUUAUUUCAAUAAGCAUUUAAUUUUUGUAUUCACUUGUAUUAGUAAACGUUUUAAAGGUCUAUUGUUCUACAAAUGUUAUUUCGUAUACAUAGACUUUAUUGGUUUUGUCAAUGACAUAAAUAUACUGACAUUAUAGUGUUGGAAAGUAGAUGCGACCGUUGGAUAUUUGUGUAUGGUGAUCUCGAACGCGACUAAUAUCUCUAGUCAAUAUAUUGUAACGUUAUUGAGGCUGCGGCGGCAGUUGGAUGUUGAUAUAUUUAUGGCGCUGAAUGCCACAUCAUAAUAUGCCAUGCAAUACCCGGUACCUAAUUAAAAGUUAGAUUAAACUAGAAACAAUUGAUGGACAUUGUAUUCACAGUCGGCGACAUGCGGCACUCUAAUGUUGAAUCCCUGCUUCCCUGUAGGAAUCAAUUCUAUUGAUUGUAUUUCGCAGGUUUUCAAUGACUAGGUAUGGGCAGCUAACAACAAGACGAGAUAUGUGAUGGAUUGCGUGUAGAGGGGAACGUGGAAGCGUUGGGAGUGAGAGCUUAUUGUAGUAAUAAAUUGGUUGUGCGGAUAAAUUCAUGUAGCGUUCGUUUGUCCGGAUGUCGCCACGUAGAUAGGGAAUGUGCAUAGUGUAAUAUUAAACGAUAACUUGCACAUAUUUUUAUCAAGUCUCGUAAUAAAUGGUUUAUUCUUUAAUGCUUCUAUAUGUACUACAGAUGCAAGGUGUAAUCUACAUUACGUUCUCACAUGUCUCGAUGUUCACGUGUCAUAUCUUUCGAAUAUCACUGUAAUUACUACAUAUCUAAUCGUUUUGUGUAUUGAAUUGAUUAAAUGUUAUGAAUAUAAAUGUUGUACUCACGGUUACAGUAUACUGUCAUGAGUUUCAUUUCAAUAUGAUAUUAAUGUUUGUUUUCAUUAUGUUAAUUCAAUAAAGUGUGUAAAUAA